AUGUCUGCUAAACUAACUUAUUCUGCAUCUAAUUUGCUAUUUGAAGAUCCUGACUUUCCCUUCAGUGACUCGGACGAUGACUUAGUAGAUGAGGUUGAUCAAAUAUUUAUGGAAAAUCCUAUGGAUCUACCCUUGUAUUAUCAAGUGGGUUCCGGAUUUGAAAUCGAUGAGGCGAUUGUACUUACAGAAAAGUCUCGUCGACGAAACCAUAAAUAUCAAGCCGAGGAGAUUACCUUCCACGCUUGUGUGGACAUCGAAAGACUGCCUCAAGGCGUGCAAGGCAUCCCGAUUGUCCGAAUUCCUGACACCGUCAGAGAAUUGUUCGAACAACUCAUUCGCCGUACAGCAGCUGAUUUAAAUCCAUCUGACCUCAUUCGGUUUUGAUUUCAAGCAGAAGGCUUGGACAAACCGAUAAGCACAUGUCUGAUGACUGUUUCGACUUUGACGGUCGAAAAGAUUUUGGCUGCAGUUAUGAAAGUACUGCAGUCCGAAGACAAGAUCGAGCUGGAUGCAGGGCUCCCGGUGGACGUGAUCACGAUUAGACGACCUGUGGGUGCCGGUGGAAACAGAAAAGUGAUCAACAUCUCCAUGGAUAGAUUAAGAAAACAAUCUAUCUUGUCCAUACCCUACGAUGAGGAAGGACUGUGCUGUGCUAAGGCGAUUGUUUAUGCGUUGGCAUAUCUGAAUGAGGACACGAGGGCCAUCAAUGCCAUGAAAGAUCGUCGCCGACCAGCACUUGUGAAUCGUGCAAAAGAACUACAUACGGCCGUGAACGUGCCUCUAGGCCCCUGCACAUUUGCUGAAAUUGCUACAUUUGAAGACCAUCUGGAUACUCAAAUUGCAGUCUUUUCUUCGGAUAAUUUGAACCGAGUGGUCUAUAAAGGAAAGGAGAGGUCUCAACGGAUCAAUUUAUGGCUCCAUGAUGCGCACUACGAUGUGAUUAAAUCCCUGAAAGGGUUUUUUGCCAGCAAAUACUACUGCACAGCAUGU